AUGGGACCGGGACAGGAUAAAGAACCCCAUUCCCAAACUCUCGCCGAGGAUGAGAAAGGCCGACUCCACCUUUAUGGUAGGCUGCCUCAUGGAGGAGGACUGCUCAGACAACAGUCUAGGGAACGGAGGUACUUUGACUCGGGUGAUUUGGCUCUCUCUACAGCCGAUAGAGUGACUGAUGAAGGUGCAAUUCAAACUGGCACAGCCCAUCCUAUACGUGCCAGCAUUUCUCGCCCUUAUGCCCCGGUUCCCAGCGCCAGUAAUGCCGACAAAGAUGCAAACAAAGGCUUUAGUGGCAGGAAACUCCAAAUUCCGGAAAUGAUAGAUAGUCCUCUGCACCAACCAAUCAAUAAUGCGAAUGGGAAGAUGCAGAAACCAGAAUGA